GCACCCGGUCGGGGCUGAGGUGCACGCGCGCCGGCGAGCGAGCAGAGCGGGCUGCGGGCGCUUGACAUGGCGGCAGUGGCGGCGACUGCGGCGACCAAGGGGAAUGGGGGCGGCAGUGGCCGAGCCGGAGGCGGCGAAGGCAGCGGCCCGCGGAAGAAGAAGGGCCCCGGGCCCUUGGCCACGGCGUACCUGGUCAUCUACAAUGUGGUGAUGACGGCCGGGUGGCUGGUGAUAGCAGUUGGGUUUGUGAGAGCAUACCUGGCUAAGGGCAGCUACCACAGUCUUUAUUACUCAAUAGAAAAGCCUUUGAAAUUCUUCCAGACAGGAGCCUUACUGGAGAUUUUACAUUGUGCUAUGGGAAUUGUGCCAUCUUCUGUUGUCCUGACUUCUUUCCAGGUGAUGUCAAGAGUUUUCCUAAUAUGGGCAGUAACACAUAGUGUCAAAGAGGUGCAGAGUGAAGACAGUGUGCUUCUGUUUGUUAUUGCCUGGACAAUCACGGAAAUUAUCCGUUACUCCUUUUACACAUUCAGUCUAUUAAACCACUUGCCUUACAUCAUCAAAUGGGCCAGGUACACGCUUUUCAUCGUGCUGUACCCAAUGGGGGUAACGGGAGAGUUGCUCACAAUAUACGCAGCUCUACCCUUUGUCCGGCAGGCUGGCCUAUACUCCAUCAGCUUACCUAACAAAUACAACUUCUCCUUUGACUACUAUGCAUUCCUGAUUCUGGUAAUGAUCUCCUACAUUCCACUUUUCCCCCAGCUGUACUUCCACAUGCUCUACCAGAGAAGAAAGGUCCUCUCUCGCACUGAAGAACACAAGAAGUUUGACUAGCUCUCCACACCACUACCCGAAACCAAACUUUUCAAAGAUCAAAAAAUGCUGCAAACUUUUUGAGUUCCCAGUACAUUUCAUAGAAAUAAGUAAGAACUAUUUUUAAAAUAUUAAAAACAAAAUAAAAAACCAAAAUCCAGUGUCACAUGGGCCUGGGAUUUAUAAAAAACAAAAAUAAAGAUAAAAAUGCAGAAAGCUGUUAGUUCAAAGCAUCCUAGCCGGUCCUUUCAGCAUGCUAUAACCAGGAAGUUCCCAGUGUCUGUGAUGGUCCUAGAAGGGGUUGGUGUUUUAUCUCCUUCGUGUCCUUCAUAUACCUGACAGAUAAAGACCUGUAACACUGAGUUCUCGACAGAUGCAGUCUGCAGUGUGUUUAGCAUUCCCUUCUCAAAGUGCUUGAAGGCAUGCUGGAAACUCUUUGUAAUUAUGAAGCGGCAAUGUAUCCUCUGGAAUGCUCUAAAAGUUCUGGCUAGGACCUAGCCCCUCAUAUCUAAUGAAUGAGUUACAAAGAUGUAUAUGCCUGUGAAGCUUCGGGUAGUGCCUGUAACCAGAAAACCACUAAAAGCCUAAGUCUUUCA